CGCUUUCGCUGUAGCAAGACACACAUCGAGCGCUCAUAUUCCUCCUUUGAGGUGCGGGAAGCUGUCCAGGACGUGGACGCAGCGGGAGGCUUGUUUGGGACCGCCAGCGGUGGGCUGAUAUUCCUGUCAGGCGUUUCGUCUCUUCUCGUCUUCCUCUUUGUGGCCUUGUUGUGUUACUGGCUAACGCUAACGCCGUCGUUGACCAAAAUGGACGACAACAAGAUCGUGGGAGGUAAAGUGAAAAAGCCUGGGAAGCGUGGCCGGAAACCUUCCAAGAUUGACUUGAAGGCCAAGUUAGAACGGAGCAGGCAAAGUGCACGGGAAUGCCGGGCCAGAAAGAAGUUGCGCUACCAGUACCUGGAGGAGCUGGUGUCAAGCAAGGAGAGGGCCAUCUGCGCUCUGCGAGAGGAGCUGGAGAUGUACAAACAGUGGUGUUCAGCUAUGGACCAGGGGAAGAUCCCUUCCGAAAUCAAGGCUCUGCUCACCGGUGAUGACCAGAAAAUGCCUCAAGGCAGCAGUACCAAGACUUCCAAGAAUGGAAAAAAUAACACAGCCAGCAAUGGCCAGAGCUAAUCAGUUAUGAGCAGGCUCCAUCCCUGAAAUAAAGUCCGGCUUGGACUGUUAUACAGUCUAAAGGACAUUAGACUGUCAAACCAGUGAAUAAAUCCUGACUCACUGUCUCCCCGUGGCGCUCGCCGAGUUCGUUAAGCAGAGCAGGAUAGCACACAGGAGGAAGGAGGCCUGCUGACCGCUUGGUAACAAAGAGGUGAAAGGUCGAAGGAGAUCUUAUGUUUGUUCCUUUCCACGUGUCUCUGUUUCAUGAUUCGGAAACGAUGGAAUCGGUGAACGAAAGCAGUUGGAUAGGUUGUAGAUCCGUAUUGACAUGAAUCUCAGUUCAUUACAGAGAAUGUAAUUUAAUUAUGCAGAUGUAAUAAAUCAUACAUUUACAUUGU